GCUGCUUUCUGAGUGCACACUGUUGCUAUAAAAGCUCUUCCCUUUUCACUUUUCACUCUGCACAUUUGUGGACUUAAUCAUUACUCUUCUGCAUCUUACAAUGGAGGAAACCUAUGUCAGGCAUGUGGAGUUUCUGGGCUUUGAGAAACGCUUCUUCCCCAGUCAGCACUAUGUCUACAUGCUGAUGGUGAAAUGGAACAACCUGUCUGAGAAGUUGAUCUAUAGAGGGUAUCCGGAGAUCUACACAUUUCAUAAAUCCCUAAUGGAGAUGUUCCCAAUUGAGGCUGGUGACAUCGAUAAGAAAGACAGGAUCAUCCCUGCAUUACCAGCGCCAAAAUGGUUGGACAGCCAAAAGAGCACCGAGACCAGGCAGAGCACUCUGGCUGAAUACUGUCACUCUCUCAUCAACCUGCCCCCCAAAAUAUCACGCUGCCAGCUGGUAUGCAACUUCUUCAAGGUCCGACCGGAGGACGAGAACCCACCCGCUCAACAGCCAUUCAAAAGAAAUGAGACCAUCGUGAUGUCCACGGACAAGGCCAAAGGCAACACUUCUGAAAUCUCUGGCCCCAUCAUAUUGGAAAGCUACAGGGUGAUCUCUGACUACAUGAAGACCUCCAAGUAUGAGAUCAACCUUCUUACUGGAGACUUAGUGGAGAUUGUGGAGAAAAGCCCAAACGGUUGGUGGUUCUGCCAGUGUGAUACCAAGCGUGGCUGGGUGCCCGCCUCUUACCUGGAGCCCCUUGAUGGACCAGAGGAGCCUGAAGACGCUGAUCCCAACUAUGCAGGAGAACUCUAUAUCACCACCCAAGCCUACAAGGCAGCACAAGAUGAUGAGCUAACUCUUGAGACUGGAGAAACUAUUGAGGUCAUUCACAAGCUGCUGGAUGGAUGGUGGGUGGUCAGGAAAGGAGAGGAGACAGGACACUUCCCCUCUAUGUUUCUCCACAAAACUGGAGAGAAGAAGGAGAUGGAGGAGAACAUGAUUAGAAGACAGAGACCACCACCCAGACGGUCUACAAUCCGCAAUGCCCAGAGUAUUCACGGUAAAGGGCGCAAGGGCAUCAGCCAGAACACGUACCGCAGGAACAGUCGCCGCUUCCUGCUGCAGAAAGGCGACUGGCCCAAUCAGCCCAGGAAGACCUCUAAUGACGCCACACAGUCUCCCCUGCAGGAGAGGGAAAACGGAGACAACAUCCCAAAGCCAGCAGGCUCUAGUCCAGGGGGCGAGCUGAAGAAAGGGGCUCCCCUCAUCCCCCCUCGGCCCAGUCCUGAACUCAUCAUGGAGCGCUGCACGGAGAACACCUGCAAAAAAGUCAGCGUCCGCGAGACGAACUGAGCUUUAAACUUUGUGUCAGUAAUGCAAUGCAAGGAAAGAUGGGUUAAUGUGUGCAAUACAAACUGAUCAGCAGAUAAAGCCAACCAUGUGUACCAUAGAGGGCACUUUGCAUUUUGUUCUAAAUGUAAACACUUAGGACUAACUAACUGCUUGGAGAAAGUAAAACAAUAGUGAAAUGUAAAUGUACACUCCUCUAACUAUUUAUUUGGACAGUGAAGCAAAAACAUUUCAUUUGGCUAUAGAAAUAUGAGGCGACAGUACAGAAUGUCACCUUUUAUUUGAGGGUAUUUUCAUAUCGGUUUUCUUUAUGUAUACCGAACAAAAAUAUAAAUGCAACAAUUUCAAUGACAGUUCAUAGUUCAUUUCAGUUACAGUUCAUAGAAGGAAAUUGGUUCAUUUAAAUACAUUCAUCCGGCCCUAAUCGAGGGAGCCUGGCCCAGCCAAUCAGAAUGAGUUUUCCUCACAAAAAGGCUUUAUUACAGACAGAAAUGCACUUCAGUUUCAUCAGCUGUCUGGGUGACUUGUCUCAGACAAUCCCACAGGUGAAGAUGUGGAGGUCCUGGGCUGGCAUGGUUACAAGUGGUCUGUGGUUGAGGCCAGUUGGACAUACUGACAAAUUUUCCAAAAUGACGCUGGAGGCAGCAUAUGGUAGAGAAAUGAACAUUAAAUUCUCUGGAAACAGCUCUGGUGGACAUUCCUGCAGUCAGCAUGCCAAUUGCACGCUCCCUCAACUUGAGACAUCUGUGGCAUUGUGUUGUGUGACAAAACUGCACAUUUUAGAGUGGCUUUUUAUUGUCCCAUCACAAUUUCAGGGAUCUUUUAUUCCAGGUCAUGAAACAUGUGACAGCACUUUACAUGUUGUGUUUGUAUUUUUGUUCAGUAUACAAUAAGUUACCCUAAAAUGACACUGAGAUAAAGGCUUGAGCUACCGCUUACAAAGAACAGGACGUAUUACACAUUUUUAAGUGUCCAUUUUCUCUGUUACAUUUUUAUAAAGUGUGGUUAGUAAAUGUGUUUGCGACACCAUAUGCAGUUUUUGGAAUAUAAGCUUCUUUAUUUGUUUGCUGAAAUAAGCUAUUUGUAACCUACAAAAUAAAUAAUAUAGUCUGAAA